UCACUCACUGACCCACUCUCCACGAUACAAACUAAGAUAUUAAUUUUUCAGUCCCUUUUCUAUUUAUACUCGCUCUUCUCCUCUCUCUUUGUUUACCCUCUUUCCCUCGAUCCUUCCUUUCCUGGCUGUUUCCUUUCUCUUUCCUUUCUUUCCCGCCAAAAGCCCUUCACUUCGCUGCUGCUUCAGUGGACUGAUGAUGGUGUCAGCUUCUUCUCCAUCUUCCUAUCUGAAGAGCUAUUUGCUUCUUUUGAGUUUUGUCUAUUUCUGUCUUUGUCUCCCCUACCCAUAAUUUAAAUUCUUUCUCUAGCUUCUUUCCCGAUCGUUCUACUAAAGAUGACAGAACCCAUGCUAAUCUCCGAGCCCCUCCACAUGUCCUUACAACCGGUGAUCAAAUUCACCGAGCAUGUAACCACCACCAGCAAGCUCAUCCCCUUCUGUUCGAGAACCCGGAAAAGACUCGUUAGAAUCAUCCUCACAGACCCCUAUGCUACUGAUUCCUCCAGCGAUGAUGAAGAACGAGAAGAAAAUAAAGAACCAAGGAAAGGAAAGAAAUUCGUAAAGAGAGUGAAGCGACACGUCGAAGAAAUCAACUUUGAGCAAAUCAGACCAUCAGGUCUACCACCUACUAUUUCUAGAAGAAGAGUUUCUAGAUCUCUGAAAUCUGACGUCAGUUGCCGGAAGAAGUUCCGAGGUGUACGUCAGAGACCUUGGGGCAGAUGGGCUGCUGAGAUUCGAGACCCAAACCGCCGGAAACGUGUUUGGCUCGGUACUUUUGAUACUGCUGAGGAGGCGGCCACUGUCUACGACAGAGCUGCAGUUAAACUUAAAGGUGCUAACGCCGUUACAAACUUUCCAAAUCCUGCUAUGACGGAAGACAUCUUAGACAGUCAAAGGGAUGGUUGUGAAUCCUGUGACUCACCAAGCGCCGUCACGUCUUCCCCUACGUCUGUCCUCCGAUAUGAAGAAUUAAAGCCGUUCGAUGAGAGUUUCAGUUACGGUGACGUUGACGCUUUCGGUUUCGAGAUUGACGUGCCGUUACAUCUAGCGGACUUCAUGUUGUCGGGAAAACACUUGGCCGGAGAAGAAUUCGUUGACCUCGACGACUUCUUAGUUGACGUUAUAUCCGAAGUAGCGUGAAAUCUCUGAUUUUGUCUGGUAAUUUCAGGGAAUUGAGGACAGUGUUUGGUAAUUUCAUUUCUCGAAUUGUCACGUGGCGUCUUAGAAUUGGUUAUUAAGGCGACUAAGGGGAAACAGGUUGGCAAGUGGGUAGCGGAUUUACAGAAGUGCCCUCGUUUGUGGUGUAUUAUUUGAUUAGUCAAACUACGAAGUGUAAUUAAACGUGGAGUUUUAGCCGAUUGUAGGGAAUUAUACGGCGAUUUUGUCACGUGUUAUAAGUGUGCUCGUAUAAUUAAUUUUGUAAUUUGGUGUUAGUGAAGCAAUUACUUGUAUUUAAUAAUUAAUUAAAUAUAAUCAUUAUAAUUAUAAA